AUGUACAGGAAAUUAGUGGCACUGCUGCUCCUGAUCCAGCUGAUCCACCACCAGACUAUAGCGGGUCAGAUCCAGGAUGCCGCCGAGGAGAUCGAUGUGCCGCCUGCCCACCGCGCUGCACCACCAGCACCACCACCGCUGGCAGCUGGAGCUGCUGCUCCCCCACCACCACGGGGGCCACCACCACCUGUCGGUGGUGCACCGCCGCCGAGCUAUCCUUUGUUCUACCCAGCUGCGUGGCUGCCAUUCGGACGCUACAGCGCCUCCACCAGCAUUCCCGUCCAGAUAAUAGUCACCUAA